AACCAAAUGAGCUCUCCACACACCCAAAACCUCUCCGCCUCCUCCUCCUCCUCCUCAUCAUCAUCAUCAACAACCACCAAGCCCUUAAACCCUAAAAAUGAAUGAUACAGUAGACAAGCUUGUAAUCUUUCUAGCGAAGAGAGAUGGCAUCGACAAACUUGUCAAGACAUUUCAGUAUGUGUCCAAGCUUGUCCAUUGGCAUGCAGAAUCCACACACCCAGAAACUGCACAACGAUUCAAACAAUGGGAGGUGGCCUCCGGUCUUAGCAGAAAAGCCUUCAGAAGCGGCAGGUUCCUUACCGGAUUCAACGCCAUCAGACGAAACCCUGGCUCUACCCCAACUUUCAGGUUCCUUGCUGUUCUUGCCAAUGCAGGGGAAAUGGUGUACUUCUUCUUUGACCAUUUUCUUUGGUUAUCAAGGAUUGGAACUUUGGAUGCUAAGCUAGCUAGAAGGAUGAGCUUUAUAUCAGCCUUUGGUGAGGCUUUUGGGUAUAUUUUCUUCAUAAUAUCUGAUUUUAUUAGCAUCAAACAAGGGCUGGAAGCAGAAAGGAAGCUUGUUGCUUUAAAAGAAGAUGAUUCAAAGGAUGUGAAGGAGAGUAUAAGGAAGAUCAGAGCUGACAGAGUGAUGAGGUUGAUGGCCGUGGCCGCAAAUGUGGCGGAUUUGAUCAUCGCGGUGGCAGAUAUAGAGCCGAAUCCGUUCUGCAACCAUGCUGUGACUCUGGGAAUAAGUGGGUUAGUUUCUGCUUGGGCGGGAUGGUAUAGGAAUUGGCCGAACUAAUUGAAUCACGUCACAUGUAAAACAAAAUGAGAACUCUACCAUUGCCUCAUGUGUAAAACAAAAUGAGAACUCUACCAUUGCCUCAUGUGUAAAACAAAAUUAGUAAAUAUUUCCUGCUGAG